AUGAAUGAAAGACGUUACUGCGCAGUGACCUGGUUCGAAUGCUGUCAGUCGGGAGUUGAAAAACCAUUAGAGGUCAUGCGUGUGGUGUGGAUGGUGCAGUUUAUGGGGUGCGAAAGUUUUGCUGCAUCGAGUUUCAACAUCUUCCAUCAAACUUCGACCUGGAACGCACACGUGCAUCUGGCGUCCGCAGAUGAGGAGUGCAACUUGAACAAUGACGCAACAAAGGAUGACGUUGUGAUGACCCACAUCAGCAACAGGAACAUUAACAACACUAACAACCACAUCAAGAACAACAUCAACACAAACAACAACAUCAACAACAUCAACACAGACACACAUGAAUGA